AUGGGCGCCGUCGUAUCAUGCAUCGAAUCGCUCUUCCAGACACUCGGAUCCUGCCUCAUGGCAAUCGUUAACGGCAUCGGAUCUGUCCUGCAAGCUAUCAUCGCCGGCAUCGUCUCCUGCUUCGACAUCAUCAUCUCCUGCUUGACUUGUGGCCGUGGAGGAGGGCGUAGGCGCGGUGGGAGAAGUGCAGUCUAA